GUGUCAUCUUACAAGUGUGAAUCUCAUAAAUCUGGUUAAAACAUGUUUAACCAAUUUAAAAAAUAAAUAUAUGAAUAUAUAUCCAUUACAAAAACAAAUUUACAAAAUUGUACAAAUACAAUUCUGUGUUACAUACUUAAAAAUCUAUUUUAGGAAUAACAAGAAUAAAAAAACAAUAGUUGCACGACACCAAUGACAAUUUGGGGAGAAAAUGUCCUUUUUGCACAUUUUAAAAUGUGACAUGAACAUGACUCAUGAGAUAAACCCACAAUUAACCUUAAAAUAUUCAAAUAAUCUUGUCUUAAAUUAUUUCUUAAUGACAUUAAAUUGUCGAUUCUGUAUUGAAAGUUCAAGGUUAUUUAAAGUCUGUUUCUGCUUUCUUCUCUCCCGCCCAGCCUGUUUCUCUGAGCGUAUGAAUAAUGCACAUCUCAUUGUUGCUUAGAUCCGUUCAACUCAUGCCUGUGUAACACAUUCACAGUCAAACGCAUUUACACUACAGUCAGACAGACAGCUGGUGACACCGGCCAAACAAAAUCAAUCACAGCCUCCAUCUGAAGCCAUCAGAUUCUCUUCAUGAUUAGACGAUCAGGAGAGGCCAAUUCAGGUUUUAUUUGUCUGUACCCUGACACAUGGAGCUUGGUCCCAGUAGAGUUGGGUAACGCUGCAGAACAUCGCUGACAGGGCAGAAGUCACAGCCGUCGUGUCCUCCAUGGCUUUGUUAUGGCUGUAGCCAUGAUCCCCGUCAAGUGUGAUUCACAGUGAACUAGACAAUUAUGGACAACACACAAGUGGUCAACGUUGAUGGCAACUCCUUGCUUAAGGCCGUCCAUCUGAGCAGGCUGCGUCUCACACGUCUACUACUAGAAGGUGGCGCUUACAUCAACGAGAGUAACGAACAUGGGGAAACGCCCCUGAUGGUCGCCUGCCGAAGUAGACCUGCAGAUUUACAAAGCGUUUCAAAGGCUAAGAUGGUUGGAUAUCUGCUUGAAUGUGGGGCUGACCCAAACAUCCAGGACAAGAGCGGGAAGACGGCGCUCAUGCAUGCUUGCUUGGAAAAAGCUGGAGCAGAGGUAGUGUCCCUGCUCCUGGGUUACGGGGCAGACCCGUGUCUCGAGGACCGUAUGGGUUCUUCGGCUCUGAUAUAUGCCAUCAACGCCAGUGACAAAGAAACGCUUCAAAUGUUGAUGGAUGCCUGUAAGUCCAGAGGAAAAGAAAUCAUCAUCAUUACCCCUGACAAACUAGCAUGUGGAAGGCAAUAUCUUUCCAUUCCUCAACCUGCCUCAACAGCAGAACAAUGGGAUUCCACCACAGCUCCUUGUGCUUCUCCUUCGGAUAUUGACCUUAGUACGUCGCCACAGGGGACUCUUUCCUCAACCCGUACAGAGGAUAAGUUCUUCUUCCAGGACGUCCAAAGCACAACAAACUCCCAGCCAACAUCUCCUUCCCAUCAGCCAUUCCUGCUGAACAGUCGAGUAAAUAAACUCCAUCACCUUCAAAGACUGCAUUCCGAGCCUUGGAUGAAUAUUCCGCAGUCUUUCCUGGCCCAACAACAUACCAAAGGUGUUUCUCCAACUAAGGAACCCCCUGACAUCAAACCAGAAGAAAUUAAUUUCAGAAUGAACAAACUUGAUUUUUGCAAUACGCCAGUCUCGCGACACUGCAGUGUUGAUCAUAAAGAAUCCAACUCUUUCAAGGGUCAUAGGAGCUGUACCAACGUUCAAGAGCUCAGACCUGAAGGAGCAUUGAGUCGUAACAUGUCCUUUGAUAGCUUAUCAUCCCUGCACUCUCUUUCCCAUCCCAAUCUUCAUAGCAAAAGCAGUGCAGAAGCUUUUCAAGCAGAAAAAAUUCCACAUUUUUUGCCACAUUUGGCAAGGUCCAGUCUCCGUAAUAUCAUUCAGAGGAGGAAACUAGGAAUGGACCAGUACAGCUCGGAUUCCCAGCUUUCUCGAACCCACACCCACUGUCCAGAAGACCAUAAAGGACAUUUAGAAAAGAGAAGAUUUGUUAAAUCUCAGUCUCCUUUGUUGGUAGACUCAAGAGAGUCUCUUGAGAACAUGCACAAGAAAAGCCCAAUCACCUAUGAGCGUCGGGGCUCCGGGCCGCUUCUUUUAGAUCCCAUCACCCAUCCUCGUGUUGGCUUCCUCCCUCCGUUGAACCAGCACACCCCGAUCCCAAACAUUGCAGGAACCAGCAACAAAGCGGCUAGUGGUGUAGUGGCAGGACCGAAGCCCAGUUUUUCGUCCGUUCCUGCAGGCUUUCCCAAGGAUCUCAAGACCCACAGGCUGCUGAUGAGGAGACACUCGAUCCAAACUGAGCAGCUCAAAGGACUUGGUGAAAUCUUUGGUCAUUAAAUGGUUAUUAACUAUUACAAACCAUAUGACUGUAACUAAUUCACACAAAUGCAGAAAAAAAUGCUUUGCUUGUUGAUGGACAGAUCACAAUUGCGGUAUAAUCCUGCAUCUAAACUUUGUGAUUAUGAGAUGAACAUGUGAAUAAGCUCAAACAUUAUACAUGCAGUUAAACCAAAACCAGUGACCAGUGUUUCCCAAUCCCGGUCCACGAGGACCCCCUCCCAGAAUGUUUUAGAUGUCUCCUUAUUUAACACACCUGAUUUAACUCAUCAGCUUGUUAGGGAGACGUGUUAACCAUGUUGGAAGGAGGCUGAUAAGUUUCUGGGAAGGGUCCUCAAGGACCAGGAUUGGGAAGCACUGACAAAAAAAGGAAAACUUUUGCGAAAACUUGAAUGAAAAUAGUGGUUGACUAAGUAAUGGUAUAGAAACUUGCAAAUACAACAUACAAAUGCUUUAAGUCACUGUGUUAAGUAAAUACCUUUGCUUGUGUGUUGUGUUUGAUGUUCACAACUUUCUAGAAAAAAAGAUUUCUUUUUUACAGAAAACAUCAUCUUCAUGGGUAUAACAACCAAGAGGAGCGUUUUAUUGAUCAGUUGGGGUAAUGAAGUAAAAAGUAAAGGUGCCAUAAUGGUUCUUCACAGUGAUACCAUUGAAGAACCAUUUUUUUAUUAUAAUCUAAAGAUCAAUCUGAGACAUUUUGUAAAACAGAAAAUGCUCUUAGAUUUUAACCCCUUAACUGGUGCUGUCCUGUGAGCAGGGCACCCGAGUUUCAAUUUGAAUAUAUAACGACAAAGUAUAUAUUGUUGGAAAGGUCUAAGAAUUUAGUUUUUUAUUUUAAAACCUUUUGGCAGCAAUAAUAAUGCAGUGACAGUAAUUUAUUAAUAUGUGACAAGAGUAUGCAGCAAACAUUGACACCUAGUGGGCGUUGUUGGUAAAACCACUAAAAGUAA